CUCGUUUCCACCCCGGGAGGCCCGCUGUAGGAAAUGGGAGGCGGGCUAAAGGCGGGACCAGACCCGAUUGAGAGCAAUUUUGACCAGUCACCUCGCGGAAUAUUAGGCCUAUAGUGAAGGAGAAGCUCAGAACAAAAAGGAGACCCCACCUCCGCCGACGGUGAAAAACCUAUGAAACCCGGGCGGAGGCGUGCGGAGUUGGGUAGAGAGCGAAAUCACGCCUCUUCAGUCAGCCACGCCCUUUAUUCUUGCUCGGCCUCGCCACAGGGAGCAACUCCGAUUGGCUGGACGACAACCUCAAAGGGCAGGGCUGCACACGUUCACUGUGGGAAUGAGGUAGCGGUGGAGGGGGCAGUUGGGCGGGGAUAGGCUGUCCUAGCUAAGGUGGUAAAGGCCAAUAACUGCUCAGGCCGCCUCUCCUCGAAAAGUCAUCUUCUCGCGAACCUUUAAAAUUCCUUCCUCCCCAAGCACCUCAAGGGACUAGAACUGAGCGCUUCAUUUGUCUUUUUCCUUUUUGCAAAAGUCCCGUUUGCCACCAUGGGGAUGUACCAAAUGAGACCGAGUAGGGGGAGCGAGUGGUGACUGACGCGCCAGGUUACCGGCCGCUGCUCUCCUUGGCGCUAGCAAACUUCUGCCAAAAUUGGAACUGAGUAUUAAACAGCCUCCACACUUCUCCCUGGUGCCGUCCCCGGCCCGGCGCCGAAUCCCCCUGUGGGUUCGCAAUGGCCGCGUCCCCUCCCGCAGCGGACGGGUCCUUUGGUACAGACAGUCCGAGUCACUAUUCCAGGUCCUCAGGAUAUAGCCGUGAUCUAAACACAGAAACCUACCCUGGCGGAGCUGAUCUUCUAGUUGUGGCGAUCGCCAUGGAUCGGAUGAAGAAGAUCAAACGGCAGCUGUCAAUGACACUCCGAGGUAGCCGAAGCAUAGACAAGACCAAUGGUGCCACUGAGCAGAUAGGCCUGGAUGAGAGUGGUGGUGGUGGUGGUGGCAGUGACCCUGGAGAGGCCCCCACACGUGCUGCUCCUGGGGAACUUCGCUCUGCACGGGGCCCACUCAGCUCUGCACCAGAGAUUGUGCACGAGGACUUGAAGAUGGGGUCUGAUGGGGAGAGUGACCAGGCUUCAGCCACAUCCUCGGAUGAGGUGCAGUCUCCAGUGAGAGUACGCAUGCGCAACCAUCCCCCACGCAAGAUCUCCACUGAGGACAUCAACAAGCGCCUGUCGCUACCAGCUGACAUCCGGCUACCUGAGGGCUACCUUGAGAAGCUGACCCUCAAUAGCCCCAUCUUUGACAAGCCACUCAGCCGCCGCCUCCGUCGUGUCAGCCUGUCUGAGAUUGGCUUUGGGAAACUGGAGACUUACAUUAAGCUGGACAAGCUGGGCGAGGGUACCUAUGCCACCGUCUACAAAGGCAAAAGCAAGCUCACAGACAACCUUGUGGCGCUCAAGGAGAUCAGACUGGAACAUGAAGAGGGGGCACCGUGCACCGCCAUCCGGGAAGUGUCCCUGCUCAAGGACCUCAAACACGCCAACAUUGUUACACUACAUGACAUCAUCCACACGGAGAAGUCCCUCACCCUUGUCUUUGAGUACCUGGACAAGGACCUGAAGCAGUACCUGGAUGAUUGUGGGAACAUCAUCAACAUGCACAAUGUGAAACUGUUCCUGUUCCAGCUGCUUCGUGGCCUGGCCUACUGCCACCGGCAGAAGGUGCUACACCGAGACCUCAAGCCCCAGAACCUGCUCAUCAACGAGAGAGGAGAGCUCAAGCUGGCUGACUUUGGUCUGGCCCGGGCCAAGUCAAUCCCAACAAAGACGUACUCCAAUGAGGUGGUGACACUGUGGUACCGUCCCCCUGACAUCCUGCUUGGGUCCACGGACUACUCCACUCAGAUUGACAUGUGGGGUGUGGGCUGCAUCUUCUAUGAGAUGGCCACAGGCCGGCCCCUCUUCCCGGGCUCCACGGUGGAGGAACAACUGCAUUUCAUCUUCCGCAUCUUAGGAACCCCAACUGAGGAGACGUGGCCAGGCAUCCUGUCCAAUGAGGAGUUCAAGACCUACAACUACCCCAAGUACCGAGCCGAGGCCCUUUUGAGCCACGCACCCCGACUUGAUAGUGACGGGGCUGACCUCCUUACCAAGCUGCUGCAGUUUGAGGGUCGAAAUCGGAUCUCCGCAGAGGAUGCCAUGAAACAUCCAUUCUUCCUCAGUCUGGGGGAGCGGAUCCACAAACUUCCUGACACUACUUCCAUAUUUGCACUAAAGGAGAUUCAGCUACAAAAGGAGGCCAGCCUUCGGUCUUCAUCAAUGCCUGACUCAGGCAGGCCAGCUUUCCGCGUGGUGGACACCGAGUUCUAAGCCACAGACCGAGGCCCCAGCAGGCAGUGGCUGGAGGGAUGCCACACCCCUCACAGGGCAGCCCCCAACUACAUCUUCCCUGCUUACUCUCUGCCUACCUGCCUGAGCCAUGUUCGCCUGCCCACUUGUCCCCUGCUGCCUGCCCAAACACCCGACCAUUGGCCUGUCAACCCACCUAUUGGCCUGUCUGCUGGGUGCUAACAAAGCUCUCAUCACUCCUUCACUUGGUCUGUCUGUCUCUGUCUUGGUAGUUGCCGGCGGACAGCAUGGCCGUGCCAGCCUCCCACACUGAGGCCAGGCCUACCCCUCAUCAUACCAUCCCCCAGGACCACUACCCCACGGCCAGCCAGGGGUCGAGAGCUAGUCCAGGCUGGGGAUCUCAACUCAGACAAGAUGGUGACAAUGCCUUGAGUCUGAGGUGUCCCUGCCUGCUUUCCUGCCUGCCCCACCUGCCUCAUAUUAUGUGGGCCUUUUUUUUUUGUUGUUUAUUUCAUUGUUUUUUUUUUUAUUAUUUUAAAUGAGGUUUUCAUUUUUUUAAAUGCAAUAUCUCUAUACAGACUGGCUGGGCCCCACCCCCUGCGUGUGGCCCUCCCACAGUAUUUUGUGCAAUGAAGCCCUGCUCCCAGCCUUUCAGAGACAGGGACACAUCCCUAUUUGGAACCCUGAUCAUCACCAGACCCUGGGAUCAGCUAUGGGAAAGCAUGCCACGGCCACUCAGCUUCCUACCCCCGCCUGCCAUCCCCAGCUGCAGGGGGAUCUAGGGACUACCAGAGACUCUGGGAAAUGGACAAGGUGGGGGGACCCCACUCUUUCCCUCCUGCAGUCCCGUAGCUGGGGCCUCCUUCCUUCUCAGGGUCUCCCCAGCCCAGCCCUCCUGCUCCCAUCCCACGCGGUGCUGUUGGGUAGGGGCCCUGCCAGGAACUGACCAGCUUGGCAAGGAGCCAUAGUGUGCAUAUGUGUGUGCACAAGGAGGGUUGGUGGGGGUGUGAGGGGUUGUGCCCAAGUGUUGCCCCCUAUCCCCUGGGGGGAGGGUGAGGCAGGGUAGGGACAGUCUCCAGGGUCAGUCCCUGGAUGGGUGGUUACCUCCCCUUCCUCCACCCUAAGCCCUGGGGCCCUGAAACGGGGUGGGAGGGCAGGGGUGGGAGCCCUCCUAGUGGGGUUUGGGGGGUUGGGUUCCUGAAUGCACCAUAAUCGCUGUAUGAAAUAUUAAAAAGUCUAAAGUGAAAA